CCAAUUUCGGAUCACUAUUGGUUUCCGACACAUUUGUAACAGGUGGUUAUCACGAACGUCAUUGUGAUGGAUCAAAGAAAAGCUAUAUAUGUAUAUCAUGGAAAAGGAGUAAGCAAAGAAGCAACUGAGAUGCUAUUCGAGUCCUUAAAGACUAUGUGUGGAAACUACAAAAUUUGUCUAAUUUCACCAGAGGAAAUAAGAAAAGGAGAUUUGUUACGAACAGCAGCAUUGCUAGCUAUAGGUGGCGGUUAUGACACGGGUUACAUACAGGCUCUUCAGACAGACGGAAUACGAAAUAUAAAGAAAUAUGUGGAGGGUGGUGGGUCAUAUUUAGGUAUUUGUGCAGGAGCAUAUUUAGCUUGUCGUAGAAUCGAGUUUGAUAAAGGUGGAAAAUUUGAAGUGUGUGGAAACAGAGAUCUUGGAUUUUUCCCAGGAGUUUGUAUUGGACCAACAUUUCCUGGAUUUUUUUAUGACAGUGAAGCGGGAGCUCAUGCAGCACAAAUCAAAACAGACGUUGCCAUGGUUACAAACAUUUCUUCAACGGAUCAGGACAACAAAGACAUUAUUCCAAUAGACAUUGCAGACACCUACUUGUAUUUCAAUGGUGGCGGCCAUUUUACUUUAGACGACGAAACUACAGAGAACGUAAAGAUUAUAGCAAGAUACAAUAAUUCACCAGACGGUAUUCCACACCCUGCCGCUGUAUGGUGUAAGGUUGGAAGAGGUGUGGCAGUUCUUAGCGGGCCACAUUUUGAGUAUAUAGCUGAUAAAUUGAACCCUUCCAUAGGGUAUCUAAAUACUGUUAUUCCUAAGAUGAAGCAAACGCUUCUCUCGAGGAAUUUAUUUUACAGGACUAUUUUGAAGUUGUUGAAAAUUUCUAAAUUAUGACGCGUUAUUUGUACUUGAACUAAUGCCAUAACCAAACUAUGUUAUAUGUUUGUUCAUUAUCAGCAAUGACAAUAUAAUAUAAAAAAAAUGAAAAUAACUGUUUGUUCACUCAUGGCGACAUAAAAUAACAAAUGAUAUAUAUUUAUUAGAAUUUAAAGUAAUCAAUUACUGGUGCUAUAUGUAAUUUUUAAGAUGUUAUUAGAAUAUGUUCUAAGUUUGUGUUAAUCAAUGGAUAACCUUCAAGUUGGUUCACAUAAUAAUUAGUCAUAACUUACAUCUAAUGUAUUGCAGAUUAUUUCAAAUAAAGGAUAUUUCAAAGUCCA